UGUGUUUGUCAAAAGUUAUUACUUGUCAAAAGAUGUUUGCACAUUGAUAUUUAAUGUAUUUAUUAUUGUAAAGUAAUUUCUGGUUAAUAUAUAUCUUGAAGAGAAAAUUCCAAAAAAUCUGAGUGACAUACAUCAUGACGUCUUCAAUAAUGGAUCACUUUAUGAAUUCAGUUAAAGCGCACAUUACAAAUGGAUCUAUCAGAGAAUUGGCUGAAUAUUUAUCCAAAUCGGAAGAAUUAAUACAAAAAAAUGUUAAUCAAGUGGACACCAUCUUAGCUGCUCUUGAUUUCCAACAAUAUACCUUACCAGUGCUUUAUCUUCUCUUCGCAAAAUAUGAAUAUGUUACACCAAUAACUGAAACCACUGCAUUGACACAAACAUUGGAAUUUAUUAAUAGUUGUAAUGGAGAACAUAUCCGUUUAGUUCCUGGUAUGUUUGUUGAUUUGUGCCAUUACUUCACCAAGUAUUUAAUUUCAACCAAACAACCUAUGUUAGGAAUUACGGUAUUACGUAAAGCAAUCUUCAAAUUACGUUUAAAUGAUUCUCAGUUGACAUCUAUACAUGCUGAUAUUUGCCAACUAUGCUUAUUAGCUAAAUGUAUGAAACCUGCACUGGAUUUUUUGGAUAUUGAUAUUACUAAUAUAUGUGUAGAAGUUUCUGGUUCAACAGGAGGACACAUUUUUGAUGCCAAAUAUUUCCUCUUAUAUUACUACUAUGGUGGUAUGAUCUAUUUGUCUUUAAAAAAUCUGGAUAGAGCUUUAUAUUUCUUUGAGGUAGCUAUAACUACUCCUGCACAUGCAGUUUCUCAUAUCAUGUUGGAAUCUUAUAAGAAGUACAUACUAGUUUCUUUGUUACUUUAUGGGAGGGAACAACCUAUCCCUAAGUAUGCUUCUCAUGUAGUAAGUAGGUUUAUGAAGCCAUUGUCUCAGGCCUAUAGUUCCCUUGCAGCUGCAUUUGAAAUGAAUAGCAAUUCAGAAUUGCAAAAUAUAAUCUCUAAAAAUUCAGAUAUAUUUACAAGAGAUAAUAAUAUGGGACUUGUUAAACAAGUAAAGCAAAUGAUGCAUAAGAAAAAUAUUCAGAGACUAACUAAAACAUUUUUGACUUUGAGCUUGUUUGAUGUAGCAAACCGAGUUGGUUUAUCUGGUGUUCAAGAAGCUGAACAAUAUGUCUUACAAAUGAUUGAAGAAAAACAAAUUUAUGCUACAAUAAAUCAAAAAGAUGGUAUGGUAAUUUUCUUAGAUGAACCCGAAAGGCACUGUGGACCAGAAGUACUGAAAGAAUUAGAAGAGGAAUUAGCAGUUUGUAUGGAAUUAAAUAAACAGAUUCUGAGUAUGGAUAGUGAAAUACAAGUAAAUCCUCAAUAUGUUAGAAAAGCAACUGGGGUACAAGAUGAAGAUCAACCAAGCAAGAGUACCUAUGCAAUGUGAUAAACUAUUCUUUGAAUUUAGAGUGAUUUAGUUAACAAUCACCAUGUUUUUGUCAAUUUUGUUGCUUUAUAUUGUGUACUGAAAGUGAAAAAUAAAUUUCUUAUUAUCAA